CAUCGUGUGCGCUGCAUCUCUCAAUUAAACGUAUCCCUUUCCAUCCCAGCUACCCAUCACGCACAACCGUCGCCAUGGUCCUUCAAGAUCUCGGUCGGCGCAUCAAUGCCGCGGUCUCAGACCUCACGAGGUCGCCCAACCUCGACGAGAAGGCUUUCGAAGCCAUGGUCAAGGAGAUCUCUAACGCCCUCGUGGAAGCCGACGUCAACGUAAAGCUCGUCAUGAACCUCCGGCAAUCGAUAAAGCGAUCCGUCGACUUCAAGCACCUCGCCGCGGGCGUCAACAAGAAGCGCAUAAUCCAAAAGGCCGUCUUCGACGAGCUCGUUAAGCUCGUCGACCCCCAUGCCGAACCCUUCAAACCCCGCAAAUCGAAACCAAACGUCAUCAUGUUCGUCGGCCUCCAGGGUUCCGGUAAGACGACGACGUGCACGAAGUUGGCGAGGUGGUACUCUGCGAGGGGGUUCAAGGCUUGCUUGGUUUGCGCGGAUACUUUCCGUGCUGGUGCGUUCGACCAGCUGAAGCAGAACGCGACGAAGGCGAAGAUUCCUUACUACGGUAGCCACACGCAAACGGAUCCUGUUAUUGUCGCGCGAGAGGGUGUGGAGAAGUUCAAGAAGGAGAGGUUCGAGAUUAUCAUCGUGGAUACUUCCGGACGACACAGGCAAGAGACGGAUCUUUUCGACGAGAUGGUGCAGAUUCAGGACGCUGUCACGCCAGACCAGACUAUCAUGGUUUUGGAUGCAACGAUCGGACAGGCUGCAGAGGCGCAGGCACGAGCUUUCAAGGAGGCGGCUGAUUUCGGAGCUAUCGUUAUCACGAAGACGGAUGGUGCCGCCGCUGGUGGUGGUGCUAUCUCUGCCGUUGCGGCAACACAUACCCCUAUCGUCUUCAUCGGUAAUGGUGAACACAUGCUCGAUCUCGAGCGCUUCAGCCCAGAACCGUUUGUGUCAAAACUGCUCGGCAUGGGCGACGUUGCCGGGCUCGUGGAGCAUGUGCAGUCAUUGAAGCUUGACCAGAAGGAUACGAUGAAGAACAUUGCAUCCGGAAUUUUCACAAUCAAGGAUCUACGGGACCAAUUGUCAAACAUCAUGAAGAUGGGUCCUCUUUCCAAAAUGGCUGGCAUGAUCCCAGGCCUCAGCAACAUGAUGGGCGGCAUGGACGACGAAGAGGGUGGCGCGAAGUUGAAGCGAAUGAUCUACAUCUGCGACAGCAUGACAGAGAAGGAACUUGAAUCUGACGGCAAGAUCUUCGUCGACCAACCUACCCGCAUGACGCGUAUCGCCCAUGGUUCUGGAACCUCAGUGCGCGAAGUCGAGGAGCUUCUCACCCAGCACCGGAUGAUGGCUGGAAUGGCCAAGAAGAUGAAGGGUGGCAUGGCGAACAUGCAGAAGGCACAGGGCGCGAUGGGUGGAGGAAACAAGCAGCAGCAACUCGCUGCCCUCCAGAAACGCAUGCAAAGUAUGGGCGGAGCGAAUCCCAUGGGUGGUGGUGGCAUGCCAGACAUCGGAGCCAUGAUGAAGAUGCUCGGUGGGCGCGGAGGCGGUGGUAUGCCCGACAUGUCUGCGCUUGGAGGCAUGGACAUGGCCAGCAUGAUGCAGAUGAUGGGCGGUGGCGGAGGACCCGGUGGCAUGCCUGGUCAGGGACGGGGAAGAAGGUAGAUGGAUACAGAUUGUUGUUAAGUGCGAAAGCUUGUGCUUUGAUGCAUAGCCUCGGCGUUUUGGGCGGUACCACAUAGGUCGAUAUCAAAUGGACGUUCAGGUAUGCUCUUACCGCAUUCACCUGACAUACCAGUUUACCAGUUCUGACCCGUACCCAAAAGUCAUUCUCUCUUCGCUAUGGCUCAAGUAAACGACACCAGAUCCAGAAGAUAUGGAUACCAUACACACAUAUACACAAAAGAUACCACGCAUAGCUAUAAGCGAUAAUAUACAAAUAUACAUUUUCU